GAGUUGACAACAGCCCCUCCCCAUCCGCCGCCGCCCUCCCACGACUACCGUGUCGUCCCUCCUUACUAUAAUUCGAUACGAGGAGAUAAAUCGCACCGAGAAAAAAAAAAUUAAAAGAAGGAAAAAAGAAAAUGCAAGCCUGGCACAAAAAAGAAAAGGCCAAACAAGUGAAAAAGGGCAAAGCAGAGAAGCAAAAACUCCGAACGGAGAAGCUCGCGAGACGGAAUCCCGACCGAAUCCAGAAGCAGAUCGAUGAGCUUCAAGCAAUAGCAGAGGGCGGUGGGCAUAUGAGCACUGGCGACCGGAAGCUCCUGGCGGAUCUACAGAGGGACCUGGCAGCCGUGAAGAAGGCGAAGCAGACGCUCGGCGGCGGAGGCGAGAAGGUGCCAGCGGUACCCGACCGACGCGCCGGAGUCAAGAGGAGUGCUGGGGAGAUGGAGAAGAAGGAUGAGAAACGACCCCCCAGACCCCAGCACCACCACCGACAGGAAGAGAAGGGGGAAGAACAGGGGGCGGAGGAGGAGGAAGAAAGUGAUUCCGGAGAAUCCACGUCCUCCUCUGUUCGCGAUAUUCCUAUGCCCGCUGGCACUCCUCCGCCCCUGCCGACGACGACGAGAGCCUGGCCCCGGGGUCCCAGGACCGCACAUCAACUCCCGGAGAAACCGGCUUCUCCUGCUCCUGCGCAGACUACGUAUUCUGCUGCGCCCGUGCUUAGAGACUUGAGGAAGGAGGCUGUUGUGUUUGUACCUGCGGCAGUGAAGAGAAAGACGUUUGCUGGGAAAGCUACCCGAAGUGAAGAGGAAGAAGGAGGGGAUGGGGAUGGGGACGGAGAAGAGGAAGAGGAAGGGUUUGUGAGAAAGAGGAUCAACGCUGCACCCGACGUGGAUGUGGAAUUUUCAAAGUUCCAAGCGGAGAUGGAGGAGGCCCCUGAUGAGGAGGCGUAAUAAGGGCUUUGUAUAUAUAUAUAUCGUGAGUGUGGGGUGUACAUUAGAGUAUAUCCUUUAGCCUUGC